UUGCGCGCGGGUCUCGUCGCCGUCGCCGCCGGCGCCUCCGCCUCCGUCAUGGCUUUCGUGACCCGGCAGUUCGUGCGCCGCGUGUCCUCGUCGUCCACCGCGUCGGCCUCGGCGAAGAAGAUCAUGGUCAAGCACGUCACGGUCAUCGGCGGCGGCCUGAUGGGCGCCGGCAUCGCGCAGGUUGCUGCAGCGACUGGCCACACCGUCAUGUUGGUGGACCAGUCGGAGGACAUCCUGGUGAAAUCCAAAAAGAACAUUGAGGAAAGCCUGAGGAGAGUGGCCAAGAAGAAGUUCGCAGAAAACCCGAAGGCUGGUGAGGAGUUCGUGGCGAAGACCCUAGGCAGCAUCUCCACCAGCACGGACGCUGCGGCGGUUGUCCACAGCACGGACCUGGUGGUGGAGGCCAUUGUGGAGAACCUGAAGCUGAAGAAUGAGCUCUUCAAGAGGCUGGACAAGUUUGCUGCUGAACACACCAUUUUCGCCAGCAACACUUCCUCCCUGCAGAUCACAAGCAUUGCCAACGCCACCACCAGGCAGGACCGGUUUGCUGGGCUCCACUUCUUCAACCCUGUCCCCGUGAUGAAGCUGGUCGAGGUCAUCAAGACCCCCAUGACCAGCCAGAAGACAUUUGAGUCUGUGAUGGACUUCACCAAGGCCCUGGGAAAGCAUCCUGUGUCUUGCAAGGAUACUCCCGGGUUUAUCGUGAACCGUCUGCUGGUGCCGUACCUCAUGGAGGCCAUCAGGCUGUACGAGCGAGGUGACGCGUCCAAGGAGGACAUUGACACUGCCAUGAAGCUGGGAGCCAGCUACCCCAUUGGCCCCUUUGAACUUAUUGACUACGUUGGACUGGACACCACCAAGUUCAUCAUGGACGGUUGGCAUGAAAUGGAUUCCAAGAACCCCUUGUUUCAGCCCAGCCCAUCCUUGAAUAAGCUGGUAGCAGAGAAGAAGUUGGGCAAGAAAAGUGGAGAAGGCUUCUAUAAGUACAAGUGAUGCAGCAGCGGGCCGGGCAGAGCCUGCCAGGAGGUACCACCAGCUCCCCCAAGUGCCGGACGCCAGUGCUCACACUGCAGCCCUUCCACAUGCUUUUGUAAUCUAUGCGAAUUAUCUACACUAGGUACAGUAGUAGCAGACUCCUCCAUUGAGAACUAACUCCCUUUUUUAAGUCUACUUGUUUCUGUGUAUUUUCUAAAAGGCUUUACACCCUGGGUGCCUUGGAGCAAACGUUUGAACCGAGUCAUUUCCUUAAAGAAUGGCUCGGGUGCAUUCCCUGGUGAAGGGGAACGCCCCUCCUCCGGGAGUGAGCCAUGUCCUCAGCGCCACGCGUGCCACAGCCGUCCACUCACGCCUGGGGGCUGCGGCUCUCCCCUACCUCUGCCCGAGGAGCGCCAUCUCCCUGCAGCUUCAGGCCUCGCUGACAGCCUGGGCCGAGGUCAGGUGUCAUGUGUUUACUCAUCUGGACACCCUGCCAGCUGGGGGCAGAGUCUGUGUGGGCCUGGUGUGCAGGGCACAGUCGAGUCUGCAGUCUGAAUGAUCACUGUCUCUCGUCUUCAUGAGAAAUCUUUGCUGUGAACUGCCUACAAGAGUUGACUCUAAUGACAUGUAGUCUUUCAGUCUGUGAAAAUUUGAAUUGAAAUAAACAAAUGCAAUAAACAAAUUUUAAACCAUCGUGUGCUCAGAUGCUUGCCAAG